GUAGUUUUAAGGAUGGAAACGGUAUUCUAGAAAAGCUGUUGUCUGAACAUGGUUGCAGACGGAUUCCUGGCUGAGGUUGUUCCAGGAGAGCGGGAUGGGUGGUGCCUGGGAAAGAUCCAGGCAGGUGGCUGGAAGCAAGGACAAAGGGUUGACAGAAGGUGAAAGUGGGCAGCACUCGGGCUGGGACGAGUGAGGGAGAGAAGCUGACCCUUUCCCGGGAAGGUGGUGGGGGCGGAUUCCCUGCAGAAGGACCUCCGUGGCCUGGGGUAGGGGCUAGGAGGUCGGGAGCCCGUGCUGUUCAUUCUGUGGUUGGCUUCUGCUGCUGAGAAGGCGGCCGUGGUGGUGAGGGGUGGAGGAGGUGUUCCGGAGGCUCUGGAGACCACCGCUCAUUGCUGCAGCCCCCUGGUCUGGCUUUGUCGGUUCAGAGUGGUCAGGGAGAACCCUGCUGGGGUGAGACCCAGAGGAGCCUGGGGUGUGGAGAACAGGAGGAAUAGUGUUCAGGGAGGAGGGAACAGCAUGUGCGAAGGGCUUAAGCUGAAGAAGAGGACCCAUGCGUCUAGAGGGUGAGGGCCAGAACCUCAAGAUGUGCUGAUGAGCCGGGCAGCCUCCUGCUUGAAGACAGGUGCAGGGUCAGCUGAGCCCCACCUUCCUGUGGGCACCAGAUACACCUAUCGAUUUUCCACCAACACCAGUACUGGCCUGCAGGGGGCCCCGGCGGAGGGGAGUGGCCUUGGCCUCCGAGGAUUGGUCAUCCUAGACGUGCUUGGCCCGUGCCAGAUGGCCUUAUGGCUCCAAGGCUUCCAGGUGACCUCCAUCUUGGGAUCCAAGGUGACAGUUCUGGAGGAUUCUGAGAGGUUGAGCGCUGCCCUGGGCCGCUAUCCUCUGAGCUUCGUCCUGCACGCGGGCCGCGUGGCCCGCCUGUGUCCUCGGAGUGCAGAGCCGCGCUGGGUGCUGAACGUGAAGCGCGCGGUGCUGAGCCUCCUGCAGGGACGCCCGGGUGCCUCCGGCCCCCAGACCCUCGAGGAGGUGGACGUCCUGGGCAGGUGUCCUACCACUUACCAGCCACACGGUGCCUGGCUGCUCAAGACCAAGGACUUAGGCCGCUGCUCCCUGCGCAGAGCGCGCUCCUCGCUGCGCUCCCAGGCCCUGCCGGGGGAGGAGCCUGGCCUGGUGUCCCGCCUGACCUGCCACCAGAGUUUCCAGGCUGGCAUACUGAGGGAGGCCUCCUGCACGGAGCUGGACACCGUGGGGCCCCUCUCUGAGAAGGCAAGUGCCGUGCACAUGCGGACCCUUUCCUCGCUCACCCUGCUGCGUGAGAUGUCCUUGGAUCCGGCUGUCACAGGUGACCAAGGGUGGAUGUGGGGACCCUCAGAGCAGACUUGAGACCCCCUGUGGCAGAGCGGCUCAGGCAGGCCUAGGGUGUAUCACUCUUUCCCUGUUUGGCACCCUAUCUGUCUUGAGCAGUUUCUGAAAAUGGCUGUUGACACGGGAGUCCGUCUCUUUUUCUAGAAGUUUCUGCUGGCUCCCAUGGCUCAGGUUUGGUCUUGUCCUUUUCCCUGGGUUGUCUUCAGUGGAGAUAGAAUCUUCUGGUUCUCAGCUUUUGUGGGAGAAUUCCACCUUCCAUCUGAUGACCUGAGCAUUUUGGGGGCACGCUGACUCGGGUUUCCUGAUUUUCUGGAAAGUUCCUGCCAACACAUAGCGUUCCCUGGAGCUUGGCUCCCUUCUAGAAUUUUGCACGGAAGGAAAGAAGCAAGGCAUGCCUCUGAGGGAAAAAGAUACAUAUUUUUUGGUGGUUGAAAAACUGCUCUUUCCCUGAAUAAUCAAAUAAAAAUGAUUGUUAUUGCUGACCUUAGGGAAGGAUUUACUGGGGGCCAGGAGCCGUGCUGAGCAUUUUAUGUGGAUUGUUUCAUUUGGUUCUUAUCAUGACCCCAGUGGGAAGGUACUGUUGUUAGUUACUUUUUCAAAUAAGGAAACUAUACCUCGAAGAGGUAAGAGGACUUGUCUGAGGUCACACAGCGGGCAAGAGACAGAGCCGGGACUUGAACCCCCAGCUCUGUUCUGUAACCUUCGUGUUUCUGAGCCCAGGCUCACUGCACCACCUGAGCAAGAACCUGGCAGGUGGGACUGAAGUCCUGGAGCUUCCCAGCAUCCCCUCUGGUUCCGCAGAACACUGGCUGGGGUCGCAGCCUGCCCUGCCUUCUGAGCUCUGCCUCGGGCACCAUGCAGGCAGCGAAGGGGUCGUCUAGUCUUGUUAAGACCUGGAUGUUCCCCAAAGGAAUUGAAUGAACUGCCCGUGUUUUUUUUUUUUUUCAUCUUUCAUUAAGAUAG